CAAUGACAUGUAAGCUUGUCUCUGGUGUUUCAAUGAGACUUCUUGAAGUCGACCUCUUCUCUGGAAAUCAAUUCAGUCACUUACCCGUAACAGGCGGACGUCGCAAAAACAAGGUUAAUGAAAAAAAAAACCUAAUUGGAGGAACACAAUUACCGAGUAUCAUCAGUAUUACUUGAGUAUCAUCGGCUCAACUACCCCUAAGUCCUGUGAUUUAGAUCCUGUUCCUGGUCAUGUACUUAAAUGUCUGUUUCCUUCUAUUCUCCCAGUAACACACAAGAUUGUCAACCUUUCCUUGGAAACUGGUCGGAUACCUGGAAUACUUCAACAAGCUAUACUUAAGCCAUUGCUCAAAAAGCCCUCUCUGGAUUCGAAUGACUUCAAGAACUAUAGGCCUAUUUCUAAUCUUCGUUUCAUAUCCAAAACUAUUGAAAAAUGUGUUGCUAAACAGCUGAUUCAAUACUUAGAUAUGAACGACCUUGGUGAAACAUAUCAGUCGGCCUAUAAGAGAAACCAUAGUACAGAGAAGGCUCUUAUUAGAGUCCACAAUGACAUAGCCAUGGCAAUGGAUCAACACAAUUCAGUUAUCCUAGUACUUCUCGAUCUUUCGGCUGCAUUUGAAACUGUUGAUCAUGGUAUCCUCCUUUCGCGACUGUAAAAUCGCUUUGGAAUUACUGGAACUGUAUUGGAAUGGUUUCGAUAAUAUCUUUCUGAUCGUACACAGUUUGUGCAGGUUAAUGGUGCGUGCUCUGCUUCUCAUGUCCUUGAGUUUGGUGUACCGCAAGGAUCCGUUCUUGGCCCGUUGUUAUAUUCAAUGCACACAUCCCCUCUUGGCGAGAUUGCUCAAUGUCAUCAAAUGUUCUAUCACUUUUAUGCUGAUGACACUCAGCUAUAUAUUACGUUCAGGACGUCUUCUGUUUCUGAUAUGAAUCUGAGUAACGCCAAAUUGGUAAACUGUGUUCGGGACAUGGACGCAUGGAUGCUUUCCAACAAGCUGAAAUUAAAUAAAGACAUGUCCGAAGUUCUCGGAAUAUCCUCAUCCUAUCAACCUCGGCCACCACUAUCUUCUGUUGAUAUAUGUAAUGAGACUGUAUCCUGCUCCCUCAGUCCCUUUGUAUGGUACCUCAUAUCAAUGCAGUCUGUCAAUGGUCCUUUUUCCAUCUUCGUAACAUUGGUUUCAUGCGCAAAUAUCUUACUUAUGAUGCUGCAAGGAUCAUUAUUCAUGCCUUCAUAGUUUGUAAACUUGAUUAUUGUAAUUCUUUAUUGUACGACCUACCAUCCUAUCUUAUUCGGAAGCUUCAACAUGUUCAAAAUUCUGCCGCUUGCCUUGUCAACCAGUGUCCAAGAUUUUGCCAUAUUACUCCAGUCCUGAGGGAUCUUCACUGGCUCCCUUUCUCCUUUCGUAUUGAAUUUAAAAUUAUGUUAAUUACUUACAAAGUACUACAUGAUCGAGCUGCAAUCUAUAUACAGGAACUCCUUCAAUUGUAUACACCCAGCCGCAAUCUUAGAUCCUCUAACAGAAAUUUAUUAGUGAAACCCUAUUUUAAUCUCAAUUCGUAUGGUAAACGAGCUUUUUCUGUUGCUGUUCCGGAACUUUGAAGAACUUACCUGAGGGUAUUAAAUCUGCAAACUCAAUUGACGAUUUUAAACGCAAACUUAAAACAUUUCUUUUUAUGCGAACUUAUGAAUCGUGAUGUUUUUAUUUGUUAUCUGAUUUUUUAUCUAUUGUGUACAUUUAUCUAUUUUGUAGUGAGCGUCUAGUUUUAAUGUCAAUUUCUUGUGAUUAUUUUUUACUUUUUAGUUCUACCUAAUUUUUUGUAAACAGCGCCUUUGAAUCUUGUAGAAAAGGCGCCAUAUAAAUGGAUUAUUAUUAUUAUUAUUAUUAUUGCUGCGGAGAGACCGAAGGGAGCGAGCAGCAACAUAAUCAGGAUUUAAAGGAAAUAUAUAAGGGACGACGAAUUCUCGAAUUCAUCACUUUUUACCACAAUGCAUUGCAUUUAACCACACUUUUAACCACAAUGCAUUGCAUUUAACCAGAGUAGAGUGCAUUGCGCCACGAACAACUCCGAAGUUAGAGUUUUCUUUGUGGCAAAUUUUCUACAGCACGGUUAGAGGUCUUACCAAAUUUUAAGACACGCAGGAGUCUUUCAGAUGAGUACGAUGGUUAACUUGGGGAUUGGAUUUCAGUUCAAGAGCCUUUGACUCGUCCAGGUGUUAAACCUGACUAGAAGAUGAGCAUUUGCUCUUUAAUUCGACUCCGCAACACGGGGGAUAUACAAAUUUCAGCUUGCUAGAAGGUGAUGUGAAAGUGAGAAAAUGUCAUGCAGUGCUAUUCUUAAGAAACUGUAUGAGCCGAAAAUGGAUGUGAUUUUGACCAUUCGCUUCAAAAUAACAGCGGAAAUCGAGAUAACAAAACAUAUGUUUUGUGUCCUACUUUGCAGACGAGGACGUGUAUCGGCGUUUUGAAAAGCAUAAUUAUGUUCUUUCAUUCAUUAAUUGCCAUAGAAUAUGCGUUUACAUUGUUUUUUCACUGUUAAUAGCUCGGUUAAUGCGGCUGGCGAUCAUCUUGCCGGCGGAAGUUUCAUGGAAAAGGAAUAAAUUACGACUUUUCUUCAUGAUUACGUAAUCAGUCUCUGUGGUGUAGUGGUUAGGUGUAGUCGCGUUGAGCCAUAGGUGCAGGGUUCGAGUCCUACCGACUUCUAUAUUCCUUCUUUCUUUUUUUUUUUCCGUUUUUUGUGUUGUUGUUUUCUAUAAAAAUAUAGCUAAAUAACUGUUACUUAAUAAAGUGCAAAAAACAGCAAGAAAAGUAUUGUGUUUCCAGAGAAGAUAUCGUGCACCGUAUAUUAAAUAUAUGGAUAAACAAUCUGAAUUUCUAUUAUUUCCUACAAUUUACUGUGGGAAAACCAGAGUUAUAACCACUUGAUCAUUUUCUAAACAACGUACCCACGAGUUCUUUCUACAGACUGAUAGUAAUUAUUCUAGUACUUUCCAACGUGUAAAUAGGACAUUCAAUAUCAUUUUCGAUUCUUUUAAGUCUCACUGCCUAACUAAUGCCAGUAUCAACAGAAUGUGCCGCAGCAUUACUAUCUUUUAGAUACCCUAGUUAUUAUUAUUAUUACCGGUAAACCAGAGUAGUUCAUUGUGGCCCGCCACAUUGACGCACGUGCCAGUUAUCAUGAUCUGUGCACAAACUACCUUGGAGCUAAAGAAGCGCUUUCAAGUCAUUAAUUUUAUCCAAGCUUUGUAA